AUGAAUCUCGUCGCCAUUCAAGUUUUCUGUCUCUGUUCUCUCACGGUGUUUGUCAGCUCGACAACUAUCAAUCCCCUAAAAGGAACUGGCCACCCAAACGUUUCCAUCGUCGGUGGAUCCCCAGCGCGUGCCGGCGAAUUUCCUUAUUUGGCCCGUUUAAAUGUAAAAAAUUCUGCAGGAGAGCCCAGUCUAUGCGGUGGAACCUUAAUCGGACUUCGCCACGUUUUGACAGCAGCCCACUGCUACGCUCCCAAUGGAACGACAUUGUACUUGAACACAUUGUCGACCAAUGGCGGUGGACCUGGAUCUCUCACUCGAUCUGUGAAAAAAUUCAUCAAAUAUGAAAAAUAUUCCAUAAAAAACAGAACAUUUGAUAUCGCCAUUCUUCUCUUAAACGCAUCAGUUACGACUAUCCCUUUGGUUAAACUACCGUCAAAGUCAAAUAUUCAUCUCUCUUACGUUAAUAGGUCGGCCGUCGUUGCUGGAUGGGGGGCCACAGAAAAUUUGGGACCCCUUUCGCCGAUACUACUUAAAACUACCGUCAAAAUUUAUGACAAUAAGAAUUGUUCCUAUUAUUAUAAUAGAGGAAGGGCCGUGUUCGUCGGUUCUAUAAUGUUGUGUGCCCUCGACAUUAAUAAAGACGCCUGCCAAGUUAGUCAUAUAAUGCAGUAA